UCUAGAUUACCAUUAAAAGAGAGAGAGAAAAAGUGAAUUUUAGUUCAUAGUUCUGAAAAUCUAAAUGAGUUGUGGAAAAUUGUUAAGAAAAGGGGUUUAAAAUAUUAAAUUGCAAUCACCUUCAUAAAAAUACGCUGGACUUCGUUGAAGAAUAUUUUUUAUACAGCUAAAUUUUGUGGUAAAGGUUUUAUGUAAGCAUGCAGUUGCGUAUCUAAAGUGCUUCCAUGUAUGUACAUAUAUAACACAGAAAAGGCAUACGAACGUUCUUGCAAAUAUAUACUGAAAAUAUUAUAUAUAUAGUAAAAUAUAAUAUUAAAAGCAAGUAGAUAAAGUUCAUGUUACAAUAUUGUGUGUAUGUCAGUUGAUAGGGGAAUAUAAAGCAAGCGGGGCAAUAAAUUGAAAAGUUCCGACGAUGGCGCAGCGCAACAAUGCACGCAUCGAUCGCUUUGCUCAAAUGUCGAAGCAAGAGGAGAUAAUAGCAAAGAAGCGACAAGAGAUUUUGGAAAAGCAAAGAACAGCUCAAUUGGCCAAAGCCGUUGCUGCAGCCCAAAGUUUAGCUGCUAAAUUGAAAGCCGACACUGACGGUGGUUCUUCCAGCGCGGAAGGGCUGAAUGAAGCAAGUAAAGACACUAAAAAUGAUGAUGCUACACCUUUGGAAGAUACUUCUUCAGCUUUAAUUACGACAAAGGAGACACCACCCAUCUCAAUUGAAAAAAGUACCGACAAUGCGGUAAAAAGCAAGAAAGAAGAACCGACCGAUUCAACAGCUGUAACUGGAAAAUCAUUCAAUAGCUUCACGGGGAAAACUGGCAAAAUUUCAUUUGGUUUUAAACGUUUACAGUCGCAAGUGCCGAAUGCUGAGCAACCACCACCAAAAGUGGUUAACUCAUUUUGCAAUGAUGGUUCAUUUUUGGAGAAUUUCAAGAAAAUAUUGGAAAAACAUGAACCAAAGCCGCCACAAAUUAUAGCUGCCCCCGAAGGCAGCGUCGACGCCACAACAUCAGAGCAGAUGGCUGUGGCUCAGGUUAGCGAACCAGUUACGUCAGACACAAAUAAACCAUUGGAAAUGUCUGUACAACCCACUCAAUGCCAGGUUUCAAUUGCGUCAAAUCCAAUAACGCCAUCGCAGCACCAAUCUAUGCCACAAUCAGACAUACAGCAGCCAUUGCCACAAUCUGUCAUGCCGCCAAUGUCGCAACCUCCAAUGCAGCAUCAGCAUCAGCAUCAGCACCAACACCAACACCAACUACCGCCGCAGCAACAGCACGUGCGUUCUAUGCCACCACUGCAACAAACAAUUCCAAGUAUGCAACCACAGCCCCAACCAUCAAUGCAACAACCACCUCCGCCGGCAAACCUUUUACCACCAUCAGCACAACCACAAUUCCUAUAUAAUCAUCCACCACAACCGCCACCGGUGCCACCACCACACCACAUGCCUGCAGCAUUUUUUGCUGCAGCACCACCACCACCUCCACCACCCCAAUUACCCAUGACCUUGGCUUUAGGGCCACUAUAUAUGAUACCGGCACCAGAGCCUUUGCAGUUGAAUACCAUACCGGCACCGAAGGAAUUCGAUUUGAACGCCAUUCCUAAUCCACAAAUGAAUGUUGAGGCGAUUCAAAUGCCGCACGGUGUACAGCAGCCACUCGGUGUACAGCAGCCACACGGUGUACAGCAGCCCCUCGGUGUGCAGCAGCCACAUCAGCAAGCAUUACAAACACAACAAUCACCGCAACCACAGCAACAGCCACAACAACAACAACAACAACAAUCUGAUCAAAUGCUACAUAUUCCAUCACAUCAACAACUGCCGCAACUGCAAAACUCAAUGGGUGAACACAUAACCCCUCCACCACCUCCACCACAAAUUCCUCAACAGUUGCAACAAUUGCAAAGUCAGCCACUACCACAGCUGCAGCAUCCACAGCAAUUUUCUUCAAAUAAUCCACAACAGCAACUUUCUACAAAUAAUCCACAACAUCAACAAAAUCAAGCACCGCCGCCACCGCCACCACCACAACAACAACAACAACCCGUUGAGAAUCAAAACAGUCCGCCGCAAAUGUCAGUUUUUUCAGACAACAAUGACAACAGUUGCUCGCGCGUACAAUUACCAACAACUGUUGAACACUUAAUCGAUUUGGUUGCCGAAAAUGGUGAUGGUUAUGAAGAUAAAAUACGUGCGCAUAAAAACGAAUUGCACCCGGCAAUGUGGUUUCUGUUUGAAAAAAAUUGCGAGCAGUACCACAAUUACCGGCAACAACUGAAUGAGCAUCGCCGCCAAUUGCAGCACGAGCAACAAUCCUCAGAACACCAGCAAAGAGCAAAGCUGACGCUGCCACGCACCGAUAAUCACGAUUCGCUAGAAAUGGAUGAGAAUUCUAGUGAAAGUGGUGGGCCACAUGAGCAUCAGCAGGAAUCGCGUUAUCUUUAUCACCAACAGCAACGGCAGUUGCAACAGCGGCGUGAGCAGUUUUCACCAAAAUUUGUGAACCAACAUGACAGUGCCGACAAAUAUGAUCCAGAGUCGGCUAUUAGCGGCGAUGUUGACUCGGACGAUGAGUAUAUGCGCGGCAUGUUGGAUCGGAAUCGCGACAAUUUGAAGCGCCGUAUUGAGUGUCGGAACGAGUUGAGCGAGGAAGAGCGUCAGGAGCGGGAGGCCGAAGCGGAGUUGGAGGAACAACGCCGUCAGGAGCGCAAGAAGCAACGUAAAAGUCGCUGGGGUGAGAAGGUUGAGGCCUCCACUAGUGCCGGGACCACAACAAACGCGUUGUCAAAUGUGCCAACCUCGUUUGCCAAUCAAAAUAAACCGAUGUUAACGGCCAUAACGCGUACUGAUCCAGCUUUGUUGCAAUAUGCCCGUCUCAACUAUGGUUCCACGAACUUAAGCGAGGAGGAUUGGAAGAAAUGCGAGGAGCACUACAAAGUGAAUUUGCUCUACCAGGAUAUGAUGCGAAAGCGACAAGAAAUUGAUCGACUCGCGCGCAGUGGCAAAUUCAAAUACGAAUACGAUUCGGAUGAAGAUGUUGACGGUGGCACUUGGGAGCAUAAAUUGCGUUGCGCUGAAAUGGAAGCAACUAAACUCUGGGCCACCGCAUUGACAAAACAGAGUGAGGGUAAACAUCAUAUUGGUGACUUUUUGCCACCGGAAGAGCUAAAGAAAUUCAUGGAACAAUACGAGGCAAAGAAGAAUAAUCGGCAACCCGAUUUAAGUGACUAUAAGGAGUACAAACUGAAGGAGGACAAUAUCGGUUUUCAAAUGUUGCAAAAGCUAGGUUGGAAGGAGGGACAAGGUUUGGGUACAGAUGGCGGCGGUAUUGUGGAUCCAGUCAAUAAAGCUCCACAGCGGGACGGUAACCAGGGUUUGGGUGUGGCAAGUGCCGCUUCACCAGAGGAAUGCGACAAUGAAUACGACGCCUACCGUAAACGUAUGAUGCUGGCCUAUCGAUUUCGGCCGAAUCCACUGAACAAUCCACGUCGAGCCUACUACUAGACUCAGGAAUCAUCUGUAGGAAAGAGAAAAACGUUAAAUGAAAGAGAUUGAGGAAAAUAAAAAAGUUCUAUGCCGUUUAAUGCUCUUUAUUACACAUUGUAUUAAUGUCAUAUAUCCUCUAUUUAUUAGCCUUAAAAUAUCCUAUAAUUCAACAAUAAGUUAACUUCAAAACUUCAAAGUGUAACACUACCAAUUGAACCUUCGAACACGUGAAUGCAUAAAGCGAUGACUAAUUAAAGGAA